AUGAGCACCGCUAAAGACUUGAAACGCGAUCUGAAAGGCGACUCUAAAUUCGCGCUCAACACCUUCACAAAGUUACUCCAGGCCGCAGGUCCAACAUACAUCACUAUUGACGGCCUCGAUGAGAUUGAUGACUGUACUCAGCAAGUCUUUCUGCAUCUAAUACUCGAUGAACUGAAAAAUUUGCCCCACGCCAAGCUCCUCAUCAGUAGCAGAAGGGUUGAAAGGAUUGAAAGAAUUUUGAAACCAAUUGCGAUGAUGCUACCUAUUGGCCACAAGAACUCUGACUGCAUUGAGGCAUACAUUUCUCACAGAGGGCGGAACUGGCUCGAAAACUCCUAUUUCGACUGUGAUGCCCGCACAGAGGUUCGGCAACUGCUCAGUCCCUUAGCUUCGAAGGCAGACGGUAUGUUCCUUUACGCUAGGAUAGUACUAGAGGACGUAGAAAUGUUACAGGACUUGGAUUCCAUCCGAGACCAGCUUAGCGCCCUCCCAGAAGGUCUUGACGAGGCGUACGAGCGGAUACUUCAAAGAAUCACGAAACAUCCGACAGCCGCCCAGAAACAAUGUAAGAAGAUUUUGUCAUGGAUAGCCUGUUCUCCUGUUCAGAUCACUCGUCACGAGAUGGAACAGGCUUUGAUCAUCCAGGCGGAUCAGAGACGUGUUCCUGCAGUCAGAUCCAAGCUGAACACUCUCCCACUAUGUGGCCCAUUAGUUGAGGUUGAGGACGAGCAUUUGAAGUUUGCCCACUUCACGGUAAAGGAAUACCUACUUCGGAAUCAGAAGAACAAACUUUUGGACGAGGGAGAAGCUCUUCUCGAAAUUUCGACUACCUGCUUGGCGUAUCUCUGCUCAGACGGUCUGGACCCGGAUCUCAGUGAUGACGAUAUUGAGCGAAAUGUUAUAUCUGGGUCAUAUAGGCUACUGAACUUUGCACAUCACCAGUGGGCAGAGUGUCUUAGACUAUGCACAAGACAUUUCCGAGAUGAGUUGCCACCACAGCUCGUCCCCUUGCUAGGUCACCUCAUGCUGGAUCUCGCCAAUCCAUACUACAACCAGGAUUCGGACACAAAAUUAGGGCUAUGGAGUCUUGAUAAUUUCAAGUCCAAUCUUGACGAGGUCAAAGCUAUCUCUCACAGCCUUGACUUUCGAAGUAUUAUGGCUAGCUCUUAUGAUUGGCGUCUAGACGAAGGUAACAUAAAUACCCCAAUAGAUUUACUGAUUGCCCAGCUAAUCUGGCCUUAG